AUGCCGGCCAUGAAGGGUUUCUUGCGCUCGUUCAGCGGCAGUCGCCGAUCCAGUCCUAGCGCCGGAAGCGAGCAGGAUUAUCGCGAUGAUUCACCAGAGGCAAUUCUCCUUCGAGAAAUGACCGCAUUCUGCGAAGCCAACAACAACGCCUCACAAAAUCAGCAGGGAAAUGAAUAUGUCCAUCUACCACGCAUCGUCGAGACUGCCGAGUCCAGUCCGGCGGCGGCCAGAGAAGCUGCGCAACGGAUCCGCAAAUACCUCUCGACACCAAACAGCACUCCGAAUCAUGUGCAAUACAAUGCCAUCAUGCUGAUGCGCAUUCUGGGAGAUAACCCGGGCCACAGCUUUACGAGACAUUUCGAUGCCAAAUUUUGCAGCGCGAUCAAAGACGUGCUCCGCAGCGGCCGGGAUCUGCAUGUGCGCCAUUAUUUGUGUGAGUACCUCGCGUACCUCGAAGCGACGCGAUACCAGGACGAUGAUCUCCAACUGCUGCUGCAAGUUUGGGCAAAGAAAAAGGCGAAAGCGCCGAGAGCAUUUGUCGAGCGUUACUCCAUACCGCCAGGUGUGCAGGCCAGCAAUUCUUUGGCACAUCCCCAUCUCUUCCAGCCCAUGCGCCCUGCAGGGUCUUCGAGAGCCCUACCCGACGCCGGUGAACUCGUGGCACGCAUUGAAGAGGCCAGAAAUUCAGCAAAACUGCUCACGCAGUUCGUUCAGAUAACGCCCUCCGCAGAAUUGGAAGACAAUGAUCUUAUCAAAGAAUUCAUUGAGCGAUGUCGAUCAUCGGCACAGAACCUGCAGGGUUAUAUUCACUCGACGAAUCCGGCUCCCGACGAGAAUACGCUCCUGACUUUGAUCGAGACCAAUGACGAAAUCUCCGUCGCCCUGUCCCAGCAACAGCGCGCCAUGCUAAGAGCGCGUAAAGCCCGGGGCGCAUCCAACCCAACUUCCAACGUUCACAGCCCAGUUUCACCGGGAAGUGACGGGAUCGGAUCAGGUGGGCUGGGUGGACAACCAACAUUAUCAUCCGACCCCGUGCCCAUUCCCACGGGACACGGAUCGAGAUGCCUCGAACGGCAGUCCACACCCAGGGAGGAGCAGCCUUCGGCACACUCCGUCAGUCGCCCGCAUGCGACUCGUAAGACACUCGCACAGUAUGAGUAUAAUUCGGCUGACUUUGAGGUACAAAAUCCGUUCGCUGAUGAGAAUGCUGCGGGUGACUCUGAUGCAGAAAAACAUCAUCAAAAGGACUCUGCCAUGGCCUCGACGAUCGCUGGCAAUGUGCAGCACCCGCCGACCGAGCAUAAACGUUGA